AUGACCAAAUGAUCUCAGAAGCACGAACCACUGAAUAUUUUCUCGCAAAUUUCAGUUGAACUCUCCCUCUGUUGCUCUCUCACCAUCACAAGAAAAAUAAAGAAAUGGGCUUUGAAGCUUUGAAGCUGUCAUCAUCACUCUCAUCCUCCACCAGGUCCAUCCUCUCCAGCGCCACCACCAGCCCCUUCUCUCUCCUCGCUCCGCGCUCUUUACGCUCCUCCCCUGAAGACCCACCUCGCGUUCCGCCCGAUAAAGCCGCCUCCGCCGCCGUCUCGUCCCGUCGCCGCCGCCGCUCCGUGCGGUGGUUUCGGCUCGCCGGGCCGUUCGAGGAGGAGCUUCCGCGGCGGGGUAGUUGCCAUGGCCGCGCCCGGGUCGGUCCGGAAGUCGGAGGAGGAGUGGCAAGCGGUCCUGUCGCCCGAGCAGUUCCGUAUCCUGAGGCAGAAGGGCACCGAAUAUCCAGGCACAGGUGAAUACGACAAGUUUUCUGAAGAGGGGGUGUACAAUUGUGCAGGAUGUGGGACUCCUCUUUACCGGUCUACAACUAAAUUUAACUCCGGCUGCGGUUGGCCUGCUUUCUACGAGGGCCUUCCCGGAGCUAUAACCAGCACUCCGGAUCCAGAUGGUAUGAGGACGGAAAUCACUUGCACCGCAUGUGGUGGCCAUCUGGGUCACGUGUUCAAGGGCGAAGGGUUCUCGACACCGACCGAUGAGCGGCAUUGCGUCAAUAGUAUUUCACUGAAGUUCGUUCCUGCCAACUCUUAUCCUUCCCAGUGAACUUCUGCAGCUAGACUGGUCGGUCGAUCACCGGACGCGGCCUUCAACUGCUGCUGUUAUCUGAGAUUAUUUGCUUAUGAUUUCCACGCUAUGUACAAUAAAACCUUCCCAUAAAUCUUCCCGAUCUGGAUCGAACUCAGAUAUUUGCUGCCGUCUCUUGAGUAAAUAAAAAUCGAAAUCUUUUUUCUUGUC